AUGCCACGCGUACGGUACAACAUUGCCACUACUCUCGAUGGCUUCAUCGCCUCGCUCGAUGGCUCAACUACAUGGAUUCUUGACGACCCAUCCAUUGAUUUCACAGCCCUUUACAGUGAAUUCUCAUCUUUCGUCAUGGGACGCAAAACAUACGAAGCAAUGCUUCACCACGGGGAGACAUCCGGUGCCAACCCUCUUGCCGAUCACCAUGUCAUCGUCAUAAGCAAGACAUUGAAGCAAAAAGAUCACCCCGAUAUCGAAAUUGUUAGAGAUGACUACCUAGAUGUGGUCAGAAACCUCAAGUCUGGUCAGGGUAAAGAUAUCUGGCUCAUGGGCGGCGGCCGUCUUGCCAGUGAGUUCCUCGCAGCCGAGCUACUAGACGCUGUUGAGACAGCUGUUAUGCCAGCCAUUAUCGGUAGAGGCAAAAAGAUGAUAUCGCAAGAAACUGAAAAGCAAGAAUUUUGGAAGCUCGACCUGCGAAGUGUGGAGAAGAAGGAGUCUGGUAUUCUGAUGCUGACAUACGACAUUCUGUACAGUAGAGCGUAG